AAAACUUUAUGCAGCUGAAGCAGCCAAAUGCUUUGCUAUAUUUUCGAACACAAAUAGUUCUUGAGCAUGACAGUUACCUGCUCCCUGAAGUCAGAUGGUGGGGAGUGGGUGGUUGAUUGUAUACAAGUUUGUGUUACAAUCUGCAGCUGUGCCCACCACUUUAGAGUAGCUGAAUGUUUACAAUGAAUGACACUGAAAUAGUGAAUGUUGACACUUUUGCCUCUGGGCUUCAGAAUCAAAUGAGGAAUACCUCAUAAUGCAAACAGCCCAAAACAAUGCAGACACAGACAGAUGUCAGUAUGCAAAGAUCAUGGCUGGGGUGAGUUUUUGAGCCAUAAGGGCUAAAAAUGUAAUGUUCCUAUCAGAAGCUUAAAUUCUAUAUAAACUGCUGGAACAGCCAGUAAAGUUCUGGCAUGCAGCGGUGUUACCAAGUACCAAAUCUCUGAAGCUACAUUCAGUGAGAACCCCUGAAAAAUAGGCAUGCCAGCAUUGGCCAUAAUCUCACACUCUGAUUUUUCUGAAAUGUUUCAGCAACUUGUAGAAACAGUAUCAUGUGGAGGAAAUCUCCUGAUGAAUAUUGGGCCAACUCAUGAUGGUUGCAUUGUUGCAAUAUUCGAAGAACGUCUGAGGCAGAUGGGUGCCUGGCUGAAGGUCAAUGGAGAAGCCAUUUAUGGAACUAAACCAUGGAGGGCUCAAAAUGACACCUCCACACCGGGAGUCUGGUAUACAUUUAAACCAAAAGGAGACAUUGUGUAUGCCAUUUUCCUUAACUGGCCUGUCUCAGGGACUCUGAUACUUGGUGAGCCAAAAACCACUCUUGGAGGAACACAGGUGAAAUUGAUUGGAUAUAAGGAACCACUGAAGUGGAUUUCACUAGGAGAAAAGGGAAUGAUAGUUGCUGUACCUCAGUUAACCCUUAGUCAAUUACCAUGCCAGUGGGGGUGGACUCUGCAACUAACUAGUGUUAACUGAACAAGAUAUACAGAGAUUGAAAGUUGUAGGCCCCCCCCCCCCCAAAAAAAAAUCCUUAAGUCAAGCAUAGUUAGAAGUACUUCAUAUUUUUAGUUGAGUCUAGGUAUUGAAUUUUGUAAACAGAGCUGAAAUCGGGAUUGAUGGGUGCAAAUUUAAUGCAGAGUUGUGGUUUCAAGUUAGUAGGAUGAGAACUUGGCCCUUUUAUUCUAUCUUCUCUGGUGUUAAAAGAUGGGGUGAUUUUACAUUGGGGCUUAUUUGAAACCUGAUAUUGGAUUUCUGACUUAUAGUGGGCUUCAGUUCAACACUUCGAGGGUGAAAAAAACGUGCACUAAUCACAGCAUCUACCUCAAUCUCUCCACACUGGCCAGUAAAACUAUUUUUUUGCAGUUCUUGCAAAAUCCUAUGUGAACAAAUGGAAUACUACCCCUUCUCAUGACUUAGAGCUCAUUUUUUAAACAAGUGAAUGAUGAAGUAUGAAUGCAAAAUUUAGCUCAGCCAUUGAUCAGAAAUGGUGUGUUCGUGAGAACUCAGCUCUACCAAUCUCUCUCUCUUGCUUUUAAUUUUGUGCACUUUUGGUUCUACAAAGAUCAUUUAAGAUUUUUUUUAAAGCAGGAAAAUAAAUGAUUUAAGGAAUAUGUCAGGAAUAAGAGAAAACUGAAUGACUGGCAGGUUUUGAAGCUUUGAUUCUAGACUACUGAAUAAACGGGUAUACUUGGUCAGCCAUCUAGAGCAGGGGUGGCCACCCUGCAGCUCUUCAAAAGUUAAUAUGUAUCUCCUUGAAUCUUUAUACAAGCACAUGGUGACCAGUAACCAUUUGGAAGCUGGUGACCAGUAACUAUUUGGAAGUUUUGUGCAAAGAUUCAAAGAGAUGUAGAUUAACUUCAGAAGAGCUGCAUGUAGCUCUGGAACUGCAGGUUGGCCACCCCUGUUGUAGAGGGUUCUAUCAGGUUGCUAUAGGUCACGUGAACUUGCAGUUUUGAUCUGGGGAAGUACAGUGGGAAAUGUAUCUUAGAUUCAUCUCCACCUCAGUUAUUUUGCUAAGGAUUUCUGUGGGUGAUAUCUUUUAUUUGGGUCAACUGUAUAACUGGGAUAGACUUAUAGGCAAGCUUCUAUAUGCUGGGCUUUCUUCUUCGGGUUUCAAUAAGAAACCUUUUUUCUACCUUUUCCAAUUCAAUCCCUGCUCUUCAGGCACUCAUGACAGUAGAUUAUUACUACCUUAGUGUAAUUCUAAAUACUUUCACUAAUAGCAUUCUCUACAGUUUGGUAACCAUAAGGUUGGAUAUUUAAGCAGCAAGGGGAAAAAAAAAAAAAAGAGGGCUGUGUAAAAAAAACAGCAUUAAAAAAAAAAUCAAGUUGUCUUAACUUGUGUAUCAAGGAAUUAUUUUUCUGGUCUUUACUUUCCUACAGAAAUAUACAGUGUAAAUAAAAGCAAGACUCUUGUA